UCAACAACGACGGAUAGCUCGCUGUACUCUUUUCUGGACGUGGAUGGAGAUGACGACAUCAUCUUUGCCGGUAACACACUGAGACAUUUCUAUAGAGAUCAAGAUAACAGCCAGAUUACAGAGCAAUUGAAUAUCCCUGAGAAGCAAUAUUCACUUUUUCUAGUGGAAAAAGUGAUAAAAUUUCUAGGACAAGAGUAUUAUUUGUUUUCCCCACAAUCAUUGAAGAGAUAGAAGCAUUAUAUAAGGAAGACGGUGCCAGACCUGAUUCUGCUUGGAUGGCAUAUUUCUUUAUAUUGUUGGCGAUCGGUCAACAAUAUCUGGAUGAAACACACGCUAGAUCUGAAGUGCCUGGGAUAUCGUAUUUUAACACUUCGACGAGGCUGAUGGAUACACAAUCAGAGGAACCAACAAUUCAAAAAAUCCAGACCCUACUGCUUGUUGGGUUUUAUCAGCAAGGCUUGAACAGGUCUAUAACGGCAUUUACACACUAUGGAUGUGCUGUUAGAAUGUCGUUGGCCAUGGGACUUCAUAGAAGGAUGAAAUCGUUACCGUUGGAGGAACAAGAACAGAGGAGACGACUCUGGUGGACAUGCUUCUGUAUGGACACCGUUUGGACUGCAAAAUUGGGCCAACCGGUACACGUUGAGAUGGCCGAUAUUACUGUUGACACAAGUGAACUGAUCACUUUAAACGAUGGAUUCAAUUCCGAAAUAUUAAGAGCCAACGUUCAGCUUGCAGUUAUCACAGGAGAUAUCAUGAAAACGAUCUAUAGGCCUACUGUUAAGAAAACCAUUGAUGACUUACUGAGUGCCUUGAGGAAACUAGGUAGUUUCCAAAAGAAUCUUCCACCAAGAUUGAAGAGCUCAAUCAUUGUGCACAAUGACAGAACUGUUGCUAAUUUAUACCUUCGACUGAAUCAGAUUGUCAUAAUAACAAUCCGUCCAUUGGUUUUGUCAGUCUUCAUUGGACAACAGGAUACCAAUGACAAUAGUACUGAGAUAACACAAGCAAUCAAGAGAUGUGUGGGGGCAGCUUGUGCGAACAUAAACAUUCUGUUCCAUCUCAAGGAGGUUGGGAUGUUUUCAAAAUUUGGCUUCUGGGAUGUAAGAUAUCUCUUCUCCUCUUUACUGGUUCUCUACAUGUCAUCAACUGAUAAGAAUCUAAUACCAGGAGGACGUGACCUGAACCGCUUGAUGAGCGAAGCCGGUAAUUUCACUGCUAUUGAGAAUGAGAUACGAUUGCGAGAGUUAGAUUCGUUAUUUGAGAAAUUUAGGGACGAAGCAGAAACUGAAGCUAAACUAUAUCAACACUCUGACGCUAUUAGUCCGAAUACAAUUCUCCUCAAUGAAAUCUCGAACAUUUUCACGACUCAAGAGGAGACUGAUGAUGAGUUUCUAGAUUUCAUAAGGCCUUUUUCGAAAGAGGUUUCACCAGAGGUGUGGAAGAAUUUGACUACCAACUUACAAUCGUGGGACUCGACUGGCUAUGUUUAAUUAAUGGACUUGAAUUCUCUUAAAAGAUAUGUCGCUUGUAGUAAUUUAUAAAAUAUCCCUACUUACCAAAACACCAUGCACUACAAAAGAUACAAAUCUACUCUGCACCAUUAUAAGCAAACUACUUAAAUUCUCGAAACAAUCUUCUCAUAAUGAUUUAAUUUCCGUCUCUGCCUUGGAUUCAGGCUUUAAGCUGUGUGAGUUCGGACGCUUCGGCUCUAAUUAGAGAGUUUUGGGGAUUUUCUCCAAAUCUUACGAAACAUCCACAACCUCCUCCAGC